UGUUGCGAACGCAUCCUACGUAACACGAGAAAUAUCAAAUUUAUAUUUGUCAAAUAUCUCAUAACUAAUUUUUUUUCUAUUAAUUUCUAACUAAAAAAUAACUAACUUAGUUACAUUUCUUGUAAUUGAUUAAUUUGAUUUAGUACGCUUAGUGUCAAUUUUAAUUAUUAUUUUCCAGUGACAAUAUUUAUUAUAAUAAUGUAUUUUGUUUUAAUAUUCGUUUAUUAAAUGCAUUUGAAAUAGGUCGUUGACCUGUUGCUUACAAUUGUUGCUACGUAGGUGUAAGCCGUAGUGUGUACUAUAGAAGUAAAAUCGUAUCUCAAUUUGAUUAUUAUUAAUAAUUGAAUUUAAAUUUAUUAAUAAUAAUAGAUUUAAAUCUUAGUUACACAAAUAGCGGGUUCAUUUUAUAUUUUAAGUGUAUAAAAUUGUUGGACUUUUAUUAUUAUGAAUCCCAGUUUAAAUGACUGACGAUCCGUCAAGAUUAACACCGUUGAUGACCUCAAAAUGCAAAAGUCACGAAAUGUGGGCAGCUAUGACAAGAUCUAUUGAAAUCCUCGUCGCAUUCUUCGAAUAUUAUGCACAAAGAGCGCAACUCGAGACAACAUCUACCAGUUCUCCGCAAGCCAAGUCUCCAGCGGGCAGCAGCGCGGGUGCAGUCGCCAGCGCGUCCACCGCGCCCGGGGAACGCACGCCCACUGCACACAACAAGCAGUUGCAAAAUGUCAAGGGCCAAGACCAUCCGCAACAUCCUUCCAUGGCGUUCCUGCAGAACCGAUCCAUCUCGCUGGUGGACAUGUAUAUCGACAACUCGGAGCCGUCAGAGAACGUCGGACAGAUCCAUUUCUCCCUCGAAUACGACUUCCAGAAUACAACUCUGAUUUUGAAGAUCAUACAGGGCAAAGAGCUUCCUGCUAAGGAUCUGAGUGGCACCUCUGACCCGUAUGUGCGGGUGACCUUGCUACCAGAUAAGAAGCAUCGCCUGGAGACGAAGAUCAAGCGGCGAACACUCAACCCGCGCUGGAACGAAACCUUUUAUUUCGAGGGUUUCCCCAUACAGAAACUGCAGAGCCGGGUACUACACCUGCACGUGUUUGAUUACGAUCGCUUCUCCAGAGAUGAUUCCAUUGGAGAAGUCUUCUUACCGCUUUGCCAGGUGGAUUUCAGUGAGAAGCCAUCGUUCUGGAAAGCUCUGAAGCCCCCUGCUAAGGACAAGUGUGGAGAGCUGCUGACGUCACUUUGCUAUCACCCCAGCAACAGCGUGCUCACCCUCACACUGCUUAAGGCGAGGAACCUCAAGGCCAAAGAUAUUAAUGGAAAAUCAGAUCCGUACGUCAAAGUUUGGUUGCAAUUCGGCGACAAACGUAUCGAGAAGCGUAAGACUGCGAUCUUCAAGUGCACGUUGAACCCCGUCUUCAACGACUCCUUCUCGUUCAACGUGCCGUGGGAGAAGAUCAGGGAGUGCUCCCUCGAUGUCCAGGUUAUGGACUUCGAUAACAUCGGGCGCAAUGAACUGAUUGGAAGAAUACUCUUGGCCGGUAAAAACGGUUCCGGAGCAACGGAGACGAAACACUGGCAGGACAUGAUCACAAAACCGCGGCAGACCAUCGUGCAGUGGCAUCGCCUCAAGCCUGAGUAAACUCAUUGUUAUCGAAACAUAAAAACAAAAUUUUAUACCGGAGAAAGUUGAUACAAAACGUCAUAAGACUGAAUGGUUAACAAAAAAAAUCUAAAACGCCUCGGAAAAAAAAUAUCUUCAGUGACUUCGUGGUUUCUAACCGUGGAUUACUGCCGAAAGAGCUAUACUAUAUACUGUUAUCUCUCUUUUUCUCAAAGAGUUUGAUAGAGAUGCCAAUAUGAACAAUACAUUUCGGCAGUGAGAACCGACGGUAACGCUGUGCACAAUUUCUUUCGUUAUCUCCAUGACGACACAUUCUUUACACUGCAAUUUCCAAGCACAAUUAUCUUUUUUACCUAUGAUUUCUGAUUUAUUUAUAUUACAUUGAAAAUAUGUUUUUCUUAUGAUGUACUUAUUUUUCAAAUCUUCUCUUCAGUAUUGUUUAUUCGAAAAUUUACUUUUCUAUCUCCAGUUAAUUGAUUUUAACUUUAAUUCAGAUUUAUUAAACGACACAAAGGCUCUUCGUUGAUUAUUACGAUAACAUUAUUGAAAACUGGUCUGAUACAUCUUUUAACAUCGCUUUUGAAAAUCAGUCUUUAAUGUUUUAAGAACAUAAACUUUUCAAUGGAAUUUAAAAAAGGAAAUGAUAAAAUGACGGUUACAUAUUGUGUCGUUCCUACUUGCUCGUAACUACAUUCUCUUCUCUAAUAAAAUCUAUCUCUCAUGGGUUCUCUUAAUUCUUAGACUAAAUAAAUAGAAAAUUACCAAUUUUAUUUUUUUUCUUGACUAUGGAAUGACUUAAUUUUAUAUUUCUCUGACGUCAUACUUUUAGAAAAAGAUGUUGAUAUCCUUUUUAUUCCUUAAAAACAUAAUGUUUUAACACAAGUUUGGUAAUUUUCUAUUCAUCACGGAUACAAGAGAACUUUCUUUCUAUUAAACUGUAUAUUGACGUUUUAUUAAAAGUUGAAUAAUCAAUGUUAAUAUUUAAAAUUGUUAGAAAUAUUAAAUUAGAAAUAUGAUUGUUAAAUUGUAGUUAAAUUAAAGUCGAGUUCACAUGGCACAAAGAGUGUAGAAAAUUACGUUAAAAAUUAUUUAUAUUUGGACGCAUUUGGAAAUACAAUAUCAUAUUCGACUUAGCAAUUUAGUUUCAAAAAUUGCUCAAAAUCGUAUCUGAAAUAUAGAAUCAAAUCUGAUUCCAUUGAUUUUAUUGUUUUUAAUGAUAUUGUUGUAUGGAAAUUAUUAAUAAAAGUAGAAAGAGCAAGUUAGUGGUUGGUCAAUUUUAGGAGAGUGUACAAUUUGUGAUGGAGAAGGAAAUUACGGUGUUGUUUAUUACUCGUGUUCAUUGACCUCUAUCAAAUGGACAGGCUGUAAGGAAUUGUAUUAUGCUUAUUUGAUUUUUGCCAUUUUGGCGCUGUCGGUUGCGGUUGGUAAUUAUAAUUCGAACUAAUUAAGAUUGUCAGUAUCAAGAGAAUUACAGUCGGAAGAAAACAAAAGCUGUCGUUGCUAAGCAACCGCCUAUCCAAUUAGUAUAGAGAUCAGUGAUCAUGUUAUUGAUAUGUAUGUAAUGUAUCAACGUAAAAUGGUCAUAUAAUAUUAGUGUUAAAUGCUUAUUGUUACAUGUUAUUAAGCUUAGUAAAAAAAAACCAUAAAAAAUUAGUUUUGAUGUUGACAUUGAGGACUAAAUGAUACAUAAUUCAAAAUUAUAUACAUACGUUUAUAAAAGUUUUUUAGAUACAUGUAGAAUAUUUUAUAGAAAAUCCUACUGAUUAGCUUGUUGUCGUAGGUGUUAGUUCGGUGUUUACGUGGAUUAGUUGCGAAGUGUUGAAUGUUGAACAAAUAUAUCAAAUGAAAUAGACAAAAAUAUAAAGUAUAAUUUGUAACCGAGCUUUGAAUGGCAUUUUAAAAAGUAAAAACAGGUUAUUGCUUAAGAUAAAAUGAUAGAAAAACAUAGAUUUAGAUAUACGAGUAUUAAAAUUUAUUUCAUCGAUGGAUUCCAAUAUCUAGAUUUCCAUUCUCGAUACGUUUAUAAAAUGCUUUAGUUUAAAAUGUGUUUUUUUUCUUCAUAGAAAUGGACACGUGAUUUUGUAUCAAUGUUUAAGCAGUGAAAUCCCACAGCAACAAUAAUUACGUCAUUAGACAUAAUGAACUAGAUUGAAAAAGCAGGUUUUAUUAGCGUGUAAAAGUCGAACGCUUGUUUAGAAUAUUCUCGAAGUAUGCGGUAAUCGUAUCAACAUAACGCAAUCUCCUAUUUAAAAUGUCCCCAGAAUCCAGAGAUCUAUUCAUAUUAACAGUUAUCGCUUAGACAUAUUAAUGUAAUAGACGUACUUGUAAAUCCUCUUAGAUUAAAAGCUGAAAGUAUAUUUUUUACUAUCGGAUUUUUGCAAAAUAGAUUGUAUUUUAACAAAAACUUACUAAGGGGAUACUCCCUGUGAAAGCUUCUUCGUUAUUUUUGCUAUGCAUUUUGUGAACGUUAUUUUUAAACUAUGGAAAACUGCAUUUAGACGUAAUUAUAAUUUGUCAAAGCAUAUCCUCGGUAGAAGAGUUAAAAUUAUAAAAUGUAAUUAUAAAAAGAAAGGUCAAAAUGAGAGGAAUUAUUCUAUAAAUGUACAUAAAAAAUAGGAAUAUUUUCAAACAUACUUUGAGAUCGCUACAUUACUUGUUUGUAUAGUUCAUAGAAGUUGGAAUAUUUUUCUUCCUUUAACUACCUCUAUGUACAAGUCGUUUACUUUGACACUCUUUAGUUAACUUUUUAAAUUUAUUUAUUUUGAAUCUUUGUGACGUACAAUCUUAGAACAUAUCAAUUAUUUUUUGUUCCAAAUACACUAUUAAUGGAUGUAUAUUUUUAUGAAAGGAAUAUUGAAAGA